ACUGAAUGCGGAAGUUACUGCGCAGUUGAUGAACGGGAGCCAUUGAAUCAGUCCUGUUAUCAACACUUUCUCCUCAACUUGUUAACUAUAGUCUCUCGGUUCUCCGUGUGCCACGAUGGCAUUAUGGCAUUUACUGUUAAACUGGGCAUCGACACUACUGCUGCUGUUGUUGUCUUUGUUGUUCGUGGCGUUUCUCGGAUUCUGUGCGUACAUUAAAUACAAGCAUAUGAAGUAUGACCACAUCCCUGGACCACCGAGGGACAGUUUUUUCUUUGGACAUUCACCAACAUUUUUGAAGAUAAUGAAAGGUGAUGGAAUAGUGCACGAGAAAUUCCUUGAAUGGUCUGAGACUUAUGGGCCCGUGUACAGGAUUAAUUUUCUACAUUAUGUUAUAUUAGGCGUUUCCUGUCCAGAUGCAACCAAGGAAAUCCUAAUGUCCUCAAAGUACACCAAAGAUGAAUUUCUCGCCAACAGGCUCUUUAACCUGUUUGGUCAAAGGUUCUUAGGUAAUGGUCUGGUAACAGCACGGGACCAUGAGCAGUGGUAUAAACAGCGGCGGAUCAUGGACCCAGCCUUCAGCAGCUUGUACCUGAGAGGUCUGAUGGGCACCUUCAAUGAGAGGGCUGAGAAACUGAUGGAAAAACUGUCAGAUGAAGCUGAUAAUAAAGGAAAUGUUAAGAUGCUCCCACUAGUCAACUGUGUUACCCUGGAUGUCAUCGCCAAGGUUGCGUUUGGUGUUGAUUUGGACCUGCUGAACACCUCUUCACCUUUCCCUAAAGCCAUCGAGACUUGUCUGAAAGGAUUGGUGUACUCUGUCCGAGAUGCGUUUUUUCAGUUCAAUCUAAAGAACAGACCGUUCAUUAAAGAAGUAAGGGAGGCAUGCCGUCUGUUACGUAGAACUGGAGCUCAGUGGAUCCAUGACAGAAAGACCGCCAUCCAAAACGGAGAUGAUGUUCCCAAAGACAUCCUCACACAAAUCAUCAAAACAGCAGGAAAAGAAGAAAACACGACUAAAGAAGAUGAAGAGUUUAUGCUGGACAACUUUGUGACAUUCUUCAUUGCUGGUCAGGAAACAACAGCUAAUCUAAUUGCUUUUUGCAUUAUGUCUCUGGGAAGACAUCCUGAUAUAUUGGAGAGAGUGAAGAAAGAGGUGGAUGAUGUCAUUGGAAUGAAAAUGGACCUUAGUUAUGACGAUCUGGGAAAACUGACCUACCUCACACAGGUGCUGAAAGAGACUCUGAGAAUUUACCCAACGGCUCCAGGUACAUCGCGAGAUAUAAUUAAAGACAUGGUCAUUAACGGUAUCCGCAUACCUGGAGGAUGUAUCGCUUUGUUUAGCUCCUAUGCAUCUGGAAGGAUGGACAAAUUCUUCAAGGACCCACUGACAUUUGACCCAGAGAGAUUUCACCCAGAUGCACCGAAGCCUUAUUACUGCUACUACCCCUUCGCCCUUGGUCCACGUGCAUGCCUGGGAAAAAACUUUGCUCAGAUGGAGGCUAAAGUGGUGAUGGCCAAACUGCUACAGAGGUUUGAUUUCACCCUCAUCCCAGGACAGACCUUUGACCUCGUGGACACUGGAACACUCAGGCCAAAGAGUGGAGUUGAGUGCUCUAUCAGGCACAGGAAACACAGUCAGUAAAUGUUCAUACACCACCAUGCACUGAACCUCUAUAGGUUUAGAAUAAAAGGGUGUCUAAAAACAAGAUAGUUGAAUUAAGAUUGUUAAAUCUAGAAAUAAACAUGUCUACAGAUGUAUGAACACUUCAAAUAAGAAACUGACUCUUAAAACAUGAUAAAUGAGCUAACACUUCUAAAAUCUAAGUUGUUUUUGUUUUUUUCUUCGUAAGAAUCAAAUAAUUUUCAGUGUACUGCUUUAGCCUACAAGCCUUUAGCCUUUACAUUUUAGGUAAAUGUUGAUGGGGUAUAACUAAUUGCAAGUGAUGGGAAUAGAUAAUUGAAUUACAGAUUAUACAAAAGUCAGUUACUGUUACAGAUGAUGAAAUCACAGCUAUGAAUCAAAAUGUCAGUGAUUCCGAAGGAGUGAUGUCCAAAUCUAUUAUUUUGAGGGAAAAGGCUUAGAUGUAGGAUAUAAGAGCUGAAUAUGUUCUGUCUGAAAAAAGAAAAGGGCUGUACCAUUAAUGCACUGUUUUAGUUUAAGUCGGUGUUUGUUUGCUUGUUUUUUUAAAAUAUAUUUUACAGCUUUAUUGGUUAAAAAGUAAUUAAAUGUAAUUAGUUAAAUUACUAUGACAAAGUAAUUAAUAUUUUACAUUACUUACUCUGUCCAUC